CAAAUAAAAAAAAGAACUGCGCAAGAUAUUUCCAUCUAAAGAUGAAGAGAUUAUGCCCAAGGAUGGUUUAUAUAUAAUAGACAAAAUAAAAAAACUUUACUCAAGUGAAGACACAUUCCAAGAUAAAUAUGCUCCAAUAGCGCAAAUGAUAAACAGCCAAAUUAUUCGGUCAAUAGAGCGUGAAUUUGGAGGAUUAUAUGUGAAUAAAACGUAUGAUAUCCUUAUUAAAUCAAUAUUCGAUGAUAUUAUAAAGAAUAUAAAGAUAAGGGCAAGUAUUGUUUGGAAUACAAUAAAUCAUGUGACAGAGGAUGACAGACAAAGAACUGGAUGGCAUACUAUAAUGAACAAUAAUCAUUUGAAUGUCGUACACAAUUAUUUGCCAUGGAAGGACUUCUUGUAUAAUACUCUAGAUGAAUUUUCUACUAAGCAGAGUAUUAAGAAGCCAACAGAAGCAAUUUAUUCUGCUGAUGUAAUAAAGAGGCUUUUUGAGCUAACAGAGUCUAAGGAAUGUUCAAGACUGCAGAGAGUACUGGACAUACUAGAACAGCACGGGAAAGAAAUUGUUACAAUUAAUGAAAGUGGAAAUGAAGAAUCAAAUAUGAAGAAGCUUGGACUAGAACCAGAUGAUAUUUAUUCACUACAGCUAUUUACAAGAGCAAAUCCAUAUGAAAUAGACCAAGUUAUAGCUGAUAUGUACGGAAUGAUUUCUAUUCAAGACCAAGAUGAUGUAGAGCACAAUGUUUUAAAGGAUAUAAUUACUCUAAGUCUAUUCAAUGACACAACCACUGGCCAUAUUAACAAAAAAAUAAAAACAUUUAUAAAGAAUCUAAAGGAGAGUAUGAAUACAUUCAAAACCGCUAAAACCAUAAUUAUUUCAAAAGAAAGCAGUCAAACCAUUUCAGAUAUUUGCUCUAGAUAUGAAUGUGAUCCAAUGGAGUUUAAAAAUAAUGUAGCCAAAAAAUAUUUGGAAAGUUUAAAGGACAAAUUAUCCAGUGUUAAUGACUCAUCAGCUGUUCUUGACCUGUCAAAUUUAGAAAAUGUACAGAGCUCAAAUAUGUUACGAGCUAAAAAGGCUUCAAUGAUUAUUCUAGCAAUACUUUCGAUUAUUAUGAUAAUUGCUAUUAGCUAUGGCUUUAUAAACUUAGAUAAAACAAAAGCACUUUUAAGAAUUAGCACAAAAUCUUCCUAAUGAAUUUAUAUUUCAGUAUAAAUAUGAAGUAACCCGAAAUUAACUUUAUAUUUAAAUUAAGCACAUUUUAGACCAACAACAUAAAUUCAUUCAGAAAUAUGAAAGUAACCGUAUUUUAGACAGGAAUCACAUUAACUAAGAACUAUCUUAUUAGAAUUUGUGAUUUCAAGCCAUAGCAGGAUUAUUUAAAUAAAUAUA